AUGGCCGAUAUGGGAGUCGGCAAACGAGCAGACGGAUUACCUGAUGGUAAGCAAUUAGCGCCGCCCAUGGACACUCGCAACGGAGGAGUUACGAGCCCGAGCGUACGGCGCGUAGCGUUCCGCGCGCGCCUCAAAGAGCCAUUCGACCACCACAGACGGGGCCCUAAAGGGCUGAUGUUCAGCCGGGGUUGCGGGGUAAGCGCAAUGAGGUACCGCGACCUCGGCACAGAGCAGGAGAAGGAACAGGGGGUGACAACAUCAGCACACGACAUUUCGCAGCUAAAGGUGCCGUUGUAUGCCGACCCCCGCCGGGCAGCCGAGCUCAGCUGCCACUUCAAGAUGGAUGAACAGAAACUCCAUUCUGUCAAGUGGUACAGGGACACUAACGAGAUAUUCAGAUAUAAUCCUACACAGCAGCCUUCAAUCCGUCUAUUCAACAUAUCAGACGUGAUGGUGCAAGGCGGUGAAUGCCAGCCAGACUACUGCGUGGUCAGGGUUAUGCCUCCUCCGAUCUCCACGAGAGCAGCCUACACUUGCGAGGUGUCUACGGAAGGGCCUAGGUUCCAGAUAGCAAGGAAGACGAAGCAUAUGACUGUUGUUGCGAUGCCGCAGGCGGAUCCCGUGAUAAUCGGAGCGCCAAAAGUGUUGAAACCUGGGGAGCAAGUGUUCCUGAACUGCACGUCCGAUUUCUCCCUACCACCGUCGGAUAUUAAUUGGUACAUCGACGAGGAGCUACAAAAGCCCGAACCGUGGCAGAAGACUGAAGUGACGGGCAACCAGCCUGGAGGGCUGCGUCGCUCAUGGCGUGUAAUGCGCGUACGCGUCCCGACCACUGCGAGCGGGUCGCUGCGCGUGCGCUGCGAGUCUAUACUGCUGGUGGAGCCCCCUGUAGUCAGGGAUGCAAACACCAUCAUCACUAUACACUCGCGCACCCAACUGUCUAAAUAUGUGUCUAAUAUUAGUGGUACAAAUGUAGUCAAUACUGGCUUGUUAAUAGCAACAAUUGUAUUAUGGACUUUAAUUAAAAUAUCAAGAUUAACGAGCUUAUGAGAUUCGGUGUGAAAUAUUGUUUCGUGAUAUUAGCAUUAAGUGUAGAUAUUAUCGGGAAUGGCCUGUAUUAACAUACAAAAAAUGUAACUAUAUGUAUACAAAAUAUAAGAAACCAGAUUUAGUUAACCAAAUCAUUUCAAUAGGUCAUUGACAUGUGUGUUUUUGUUUUCAGCAACUUUCAUUAUAAAGGUUCCAGCCUAAAAUUAAUUGCUUUCGGUAUGAGACUGAUCUCCGAUCACUAUGUAAAGGUUGUUUGAACAUUAUUAUUGUAUAAAAUUAUUGACUCAUGAAUACCAACAAAAAUAAUUACAUCGAAAAUUUACCUUUUGGUCAACAAUUGCUUUUAAUUUCGAGCGUUCACAAAGGAUUUUUAAUUUUUUAUUAUAAAUUCUACAUUGAAUUAAAGAAUAAAUCUGAAUAUUACCAUUGUUAAUUUCUGAAUAAAUUAUAACAGCGAGCUUUCUACAGCCAAAACAACGGAAGAUAAGCUAAAGAAGGCUAGAUUAAGAACACAGUAGACAAAAAAGAAAAAUAUUAUAAAAAUAAAA